AUGCAAGCUCGACGGUACACGUCGUCUUCGCUGCAGCCGCCCUCGUCGCCUCCAUUUGCCCCCCAGUACUUUGGCGAAGCGUCCAGCCCACCAGAGGCACGCGAGCCAGUCUCUCCCACCUGGACUGCCCCCUCGCCCACUCGAACCCUUGGGCACUCGAGCCCCGAGCUUCCACUUCUUCCGUCCUUUUCCGUCCUUGGAAACAGGCCCCGUACGCCGUCCACCGCCGCGCGACGCGAUCGAACAGACACUUCGUACUAUACGGCAAGCUGGGGCAGUCCGUACCGACACCCGCCUCCCACUUUCGACCCCUCCCGCGUCGUCUCGACCAACUUUGGCAGCGACGACUUUGACGAGGAAUCAUCCGGCCUCCAGUUCGGCCUUGGACAUUUGCUUCCAUCGCGACUAGAUUUGGAGGAAGACUCUCCUAAUCGGUUCAACCUCGAGCAUCUGAUUCCCCGAUUGGACCAGGACGCAUCGCCAAUUCAGUUUAGCCUUGAGCAUCUCAUCAGAUCGCGCUUGCCUAACUUAGAGACACCGACUAAAGAAUCACGCGCCUCCGGCUCUACUCCUCGACCGUCUGACCAGAAUCCUACCUCGGAAGAGUGGGUUCAGAAGUUUUUGGAACAGCGUUGGAACCGCGAAACAAACGAUUGGCGGAGCAACGACAGCGAUACUGAGGCAUCUGCUGAGGAAGCAGACGUCCCUAUCGCUGCUCCACUGAAACGUGGGCACAGAGACAGGAACACCAACAAGACACUGAAUCAGCAGGACUUUUGGCGCCACUUUAGCAAAGAUCAGAAGGAAGCACUCGGCAAGAUGAUGGCCUCAAAGUACGCGGACCCAGAGCCCAUUGCACAACCCAGGCGGACCUCGGGAACAACUGCCAUACAGGAGAUAAACGGACUUAGUCCCACGGCUGAAAAGACGCCAAUGCCGACACCCAUGAAGGCGCCCAAGCCGGCGGAAGAGACACCCAGCAAAGCAACGAACGCUGGCGCUUUCAAGGCGAACCAGGAAAUAAUGAACAAACCACUUCCGGAUCCCCCAGCCACGUCACUUUUGGCUCCGCCGGGCGCAGCGCCUGCUCAGGUACCUCGGAUGCGUAAGAAGAUUAUGGUCAAAGGCAAGGGAUGCAUCAUCUCGAUACCCCGCGACAUCCCCAGGGGUACAUCCGGGUUCCCUCCGAAGCCCAUGAGUGCUGCGGAUGUAGACAACAAGCUUAGACAACUCGAACAACAAGGCUACGAUAUUCGCGGCUUCAGCACCGGCGGCCAGGAGACACACAACCGCGCCAUUUGGCCGUCAGAGGCCGACGUGCAAGCAGAGCGUGCCAAUGCGGAUUCACGAUACAAGGUCCGCGUCUCGAAACUAUCCGAGUGGAAAGACUAUGAGAACUCUUUGCUCGAGGCGAAGCUGGCUGCACUCGGUGUCAGCAUGGGUGGUGAAGAGGACAUACCGCUUCCCCUAUCUCGAACAGCGUCGUCUCACCCGGGGCAGGUAUUUUCUCCGCCGCUGCCUACUUCUUCGGCUGGCAGUCUUCGUAUGAACAGGCAAGGAAGUAUCGCUGGCUUCCCAUUCGGACCAUCGCCAGGACACAUGUCACGACAAUCUAUCGCGUCUCCAGCAGCUUUCGGAAACCCCCGAGCAAACAUGCACAUGCACCGCCAUUCGACUUUCGGAUCACCUGCGAACUUGAACUUUCCUCAGCAUGGCUAUUCGCCGUCUGGUACCUGGUCUCCAAGUGGCUACUUCAAUGUUCAGGACGGCCGCAGUGGGUCGCCUGCUCAUCCUUUGAGCCGACCUGAUCUUGCCGGUCUCAUCUCGCCCAUUUCCCCAUUCGGAAUGAGACCCAACCAGCAGUUUCCCAUUACACCGCAACGUGAUGACUUCCAGUUACACAUACAGAUGCAGCAGCAGCAACUACAAGCCCAACUUCUUCAGCAACAGCAGCAGCAACAGCAGCAACAGCAGCAGCAGCAACCGGUUCUUGGAUUGCGACCGGCGUCCACACUUGCUGAAGUGCCUGAGGAUGAAGACGAGGAGGACGAAGUGCCGGCGAUGAAGCAUGCCGCCAAAUCCACGACGGAGAUUGCUGUUCCGACUCCUCGAAGCCAUCGCCAUAACCUCAGCGAGAACCUUGAACGUGAGGCGGCAAACGAAGAGUAUCACUUGGAAGAAGCCAUCGACAAGCAAUUUGCGGAGGGAGGAGACUUCAGUACGGAACCAGAGACCAACGUCCCGUUCAAACCCUCCAAUGCUGUGGCUAACCCCACGUGGGAGGACUCUCGUACCAUCUUGCAUCAGCCUCAGCCGCACAGCAGGGCUCACUCGCUCGCCAAGUCACAGAAGCCGGUAUCGUUCUCAUUCCCAGCACAAGCGCAAGCGCAGCAGAACCCCCGUACCGAAAGCGAUGGUGCGCGCACAAACAUCUCCGAAAACACAAACCCCAGCUUGGAGGAUGGAGAGGCCCGCACUACGCAGCACUCAAAGGCGCCAUCGCAGGUCAGCAACUCGUGGAAGGACAACAAGUUUGCUUUCAGCAAGCCCACGUCGGCCAUGCACAGCAAGCACACAUCGCGAUCGUCUGUGUCGAAGCUCAAUGUUGAAGCUAAAGAGUUCAAGUUCAACCCAUCGGCAUCAUUCAGCCCGGGUUCGUUCUCAUCAGGUUUUAGCAGUUUUGGACCGGCCGUCAAGUCUCCCGCCGAUUCGGUCGCCCCGAGCAACGCACAGCCUGCUAUCAAUGGGCUGGCAAACUUCAACAUCACCGCUCCUACAUUCAAGCCUGAUGCGCCGACAUUCAAGCCUGACGUUCCAACCUUCAGCCCGGUGGCGGAAUUCCCUGUUGUCAAUGCUGCUAUGAACAACUCUGCAUUUCCAACUGGUGGUUUCAACUUCUCUAGUCCGCCGACUUUCAAGCCGGACGCUCCUGUGUUCAACCCUGGUGUGUCAGCAUUCAACCCCAACAAGCCAGCUACUGCCCCAACAACUUUCUCAUCCAAGAUCUUUGGAGAUGUCACUCUCUCUGCUAGCGACAUUGUUAAGCCAGCUACGCGCUCAAAAGCUGUUCCCAUCGUACGUCCCGACAACACGCGCCAGAAGACGCCCGAGGUCGGAGAAGACCGGGAGAACCGCGAGGAUGAGGCUGGCCGGCCCAUGCAAGCUGAUGGCCGUGAGAAGCGCGUCCGACGUGAUCGAGCUGACGGAGAUGACGUGCCCAAGUUUGCAAUUCAGCCCGUGCUCCAAUCCCAGCCUUUGGCUCAGUUCAAGGAGCCUACUGUUACUAAGCCAGACUCUGAGAUCGAGCAAGAGGAGCUUGAUACAGACAAGGAGAACCUCUCGCCUGACGUCAAGCGACCAACUAAGUCGAAGUCAAAGAGCCCUGAGCCCUUAUCGAGAAGUACAGCUCCCUUUGAGCCCAUUUCUCCCGCCCCUAUUUCUCCUGCUCUUGAAAGCGAUGCAGCUGCGGACGAUGACACGCCUCAUGCAAGUGACGUACAUACGCCUACGACUGAGGAACCCGUGCCUGGCUCCAAGACGCAUGGCCAUAAGAGCACACUUUCGGCCAAUGCCAAACCAUUCGAACUCCGACCACAGUUCAGCAGUGCUGGCUACGAUUUCGGCUUCCACGUUACGAAGCCCUCCCAAGUUGAAGAUCCCGAGAAGACCCAGGUGUCGCCUCCCCGGUCACGACUCGCAAGCAGGAGCCCGGCCACUACCUACCGACCCAGCGAUGACGGCUCCUUCAAGACGGCCAUGGAGUCUGGCAGGCAUGCGGCACGCUACACUGAGAGUGAGAGCGCUGACUUCGACAACCUUGGUGAUGCUUCUUUCAACGAUAUUGAUGCUGUUAUGAAGCAUAUGGAUGGAGAGGGCUCAGACUUUGGCGUUGAGCGCGACGAGACCUCUUGGGAUCAAUCAUCGCCUCAAAGAACUCCCAAUGUGUUUGAGCGUACCGAUCUACAGCCAAACUUCAAGCUGCGCAGUGACGCGCCUAGCCCAAGUCCCCGCCGUGGAUUCUUCCCCGGUCGCGUCAUACCCCCAGGCUCUGCAACAUCUGUGCAGGAUCCGUUUGAUAGCGAGCGAGCUGCACUCCCGUACGAGUCUCCUGUGCGCCACUUGAACGGUGUUGUUGAAGAUGGACCUGUUAGCGACUGGGACACUGAGGAUGAGAUCAAGGUCCAAGCGCGCAGUGGCUUCUUCGACAAGCAUGUUGAUGACCUCAUGGGCCGUCUUCUGCAAGACCGCCUUGGCCCGCUAGAGCAGAACCUGCAAGGCAUCCAAGAGACGCUUGCCUCCAUCUCGCAGCAUCCAGGACGUGGCCGACGCAGCUUGUCGACCAACGAACGCCUGGACAGUGACGCUGAUGACGAAGAUGAUGACGCCGCUAUUGACCAUGUCGACUACCGCACCCGCUCCCGUGGCAGGGACAGGAGGUUGGAGAAGAUACGAUCUAUUGUUCGCGACGCGCUUGAGACGCACCAAUCACAGAUCACCUCGCUACCAGUCCCAGUACCCGAGCCAAUGAUCCCAGAGAAGAUCCGGGAGAUCGUCACUGACGCACUUGCGCAACACCAGCCAUCCGUGCAACCCGUUGAACCUGAUCAGAUCCGUGCCAUUAUCCAGGAUGCCAUUGCUGCCAACAAGCCCGAACCACAACAGGCGCCUGAACCCCUCAAGCCCGAAGAUAUCCGUUCCAUCCUUGCCGACAUGCUCGCAACUCAUGCUCCCCAGCCCGUGGAGGCAGUCAAACCUGACGAUAUUCGAUCCAUCGUCAUGGAGGCGUUUGAGACGCACGCUCCUCAGCCAAUGCCAGCUCCAGCUCCUGAGCAGAUCUGGCCUGAGGACUUGAAGUCAAUCUUCGCCGAGGUCCUCGCAUCUCAGCAGCCUGCAGCCCCGGUCGCACCAGCUGCAGAGCCCGACCUGAUUCGUUCCAUCGUGGCCGAUGCCUUGGCAUCUCAGAGGCCGAAGAACGCUCUGGAGGCCCCUAUCAUUGGUAGCCUCAAGGCUUCCAUUGCACAGACUACGAGCCAUCAUCUUCAAGCCGAGGACGUUCGUGAGCUCAUCGACGAAGCUUUCAAGCGUCAAAACACGGAAGCUGCUGAGCGCAAAGAGUCACAGGCCGUUGAAGAGAGGGACGUCCGCAUUGCAGAUCUGGAGGAAAUGCUCAAGGAAGCCACCCUGCACUUCGAUGCAGAAGCAGAAGCGCGCAAGGCUAUCGAAGCUCGCGAGGCCGACUCUGCUCGCCUUCUCAAGGUUACUGAGGAGGAGCUUACCCUUCUUCAGCAAGCUGCCCGCGACGAUGAGCACAAGAUUCAUGCUCUGACUGAAGAGCGAGAUGUCAUUCGCCACAGCCUCACCACCUACCAGGCCAACGAAGAGGAGCUUCGCGAUAGAGUCUCUUCCCUCACCUCGGAAAACGAGCAACUCAAGCUUACUAACAUUGCUUUGGAAAGCUCUGAGGAGGACCUUAAGAAGAAGCUGGAUUCCGUAACUGCAGAGAAUGAGGCCCUCACUUUCACUCUUGAGGAGCAUCGCCUCUCUGCGAACAAGUGGCGUGGAGACCUCCAACAUGCCCACGAAGAGGCAGAGCAGCUACGCAAGGCUAUUGGAGAGGCUCGAUUCCAGGCCGAAGAAGCUACUCGUGUUCGUGAGUCGAUGCGUGUCAAGUUCGAGAAGCUUCAGCAGGAUAUGGUUGUUGCUACGCAGCAGAUUGCGGCUGAACGGAGCCAAUGGCAAAAGAGUGAGGAGUCCUCUGCCAGCAAGUACGAGAUCCUCAGUGCACGUAUCGAAGCUGAAGGUCGCACGCGUGAGCGUCUGGAGACCGAGCUUGAGCGCCUAGAAACCCAGGAACGCGAGGGCAUGAAGCUAAGAUUCAACCUUGAACAAACUCGGAAGCACAACGCCAGGCUUGAGGAGACAAUCGAUCAACUGAGACAGGAGUCGAUGCAGCACCAGAAGAACGCUGAACGCUACGAGCGUGAUAUGCGAGAAGCCAGAGACGCUGCUCAUGUUGAGAUCCGCCGUACCCGCGUAUUAAUGGAGGCCGAUGUUGACGCAGCCAACAACCAAGUCAACAUUGUCCGACAUGAACUUGAGAGUGAGAUUGCUCGCGUACGCGCCGAGCUCGAUCAAGUUCGUCUGGAUGCCGACACAGCCAAGGAGAAGCACGAACUCGACUUGGAGGCAGCUUCAGACCUCAAGAAGCAAGCCGUACAAGAUGCGUUGGAGAGCAAGAGGCACAGCCUUCACGAGCAACAGCGUACUUUCGAACGUCAACUUGAGCACAUCAAGCAUGAACAUGCUCGCGCUCUAGAGUUCGCCCGUGAGGACAAGGAGCGUGCCGAGGCUUUCCAUAACGAUAAGCUUGCGCUAGCCGACUCUAAGCUAGAUCACUUCAAGGACAAGAUUGCACUCUUGGAGGAGAAGCUCCAGGUCGCCAAGGAAGCUGCUACCGCCGCUGUUGCCGCUGCAUCGAAGUCUCCUUUGACUGCUACGUUCGGCCCAAGCGGCUCUGACAAGAUCUCGACUCAAGCACUCCGCGAGUCUAUUGGUGUUCUUCAGGAGCAGCUUCAGGAGCGUGAAGGCCGCAUCGAGGCUCUUGAGCGCCAACUAGAGGAUCUUGACACCGAGGCCCCUGCCAAGUUGAAGGAGCGCGACACGGAGAUCAAUUGGCUCCGUGAACUCCUCGGUGUACGUAUCGACGAUCUGAACGAUCUCAUCAACUCUCUCGCGCAGCCCACUUUUGACCGCGAGACUGUUCGUGAUGCUGCCAUUCGCAUUCGCACAAACUUGCAGAUGGAGCAGUCAGAGAAGGAACGCCUCAUCUCCGGUGGACAACAAUCCUUCCCUACUCUCAGCUCGCUCUCCAACUUUGCGUCGCCCAAGGCAGUUCAGCUCGCUGCCGCCAUCGGUAACUGGCGCAAAGGUCGUGGAGAAGCUACAUCCGCCCUCGCCGGAAACAACAACUCCGACAAAACCCGCAAUGUAACACCUGCGCGCGCACAGCCUCACUCGGCCCAAUCCUUCCUCUCCGGCCUCAUGACCCCGCCAACCUCCAACAUGCGCCGCUCCUCUGAACUCUCUUCCUCGUCUUCACGGCCUCAGGUCAACCGCGUUAACUCAAACUCGUCGCGUGCCUCCACAGAGGCUGGCUUCCCUUCUCUGGGUAAGGCGCCGCGUACACCCCCGCUCAUGAGGAAGCAGGCGUACGAUCAAGAUGCCGAGAUGGAGCAUUUCAGUGAAUCAGGCUUCUACGACGACGAGAGCACGAGUACGGUUGAUGACGGCCAACUGACGCCCCUGGCGCUCAACUUUGGCCGGGAACUGUCGCAGCGGUAG